UUCAAUCUCCACGUAAUAUGAAGGAAGAUCCAGGAAGAUCUGAGCGAUGCUCGAGUCGUGAUCGCGAUCCCCAGGGGCUGCAAACCCUUCGAUACAUCCAAAAGCACCUGGGACUCGAAGUCGAUAGCGAGCUGGCAUGUAUUGAAGCCGGGUGGUAUCGCAACUUAUCGAAACCGCAGAUGAACGCAGCUCUGGCCAUAAGCGAUGCGCUGCGCGAUGACAUGGAGCAGUGGACGACUCGGCGAACGUGUCGUUUGGUGGAGGUCAUUGGGCUGCGUCCCCGACCGUCCAAGAAAACGCUGAUAAAGUUGAUGCGCAUGAGCAGAGGCAACAACCUGGCCUUUCUCUGGUUCCUCAUGGAGAUGUGCUACAAGACGGAGGCCCACGGUCGAGCCUAUGACGUCAACGAGCAGAUCAUCAUGUCGGCCAUCUUCUGGCUGGACCUGUACCCCACCCUCCAGGAGCUGGAUCGCGUGCUGCCGCUUCCAAAUGACACCCAAACGGACAUGGCCAAUGUCAAUGCGGAGCCACUUCAGAAGCAGAGCCAAAGGCUUGACGACCUUCGAUCAGAGACUGAGAAACGGAACCCAAAGAAGAUGGAUCUAACACGUCCACUAUCGCCGUACUUCCAGGAGCCUCCAGCCUUCCGGCCCUGGCGGCCCACUAUGAACAUCAUGUCCGAAGUUCCCGCCCGUCCGGCUAUGCUGGGUGAAACACCCCGGGAGGCGGGCGAAUCACCGCUCUUAUCCCGCUGGUUUGGCCACUACGUCAUUAGCGACGCCCACCGCAUAUCCCGCUCCAUUCUCUACGAGGAGAUCCGCAACAUCAUUGCCUCCUUCGACGCGGCCGAGCUCCCCGCCCAUGACGUGGAGGCCUUGUGCACCCACCACCAGCGCAUCAGAGAGAUGGAGAAGUCGCUGAAGGUCCAGCUGGAGGCACUGAAGAAGCAGCAGUGCGAGGAGCUGCUCACCGCCCCGAACCGACUACAGCAACGGCGACGGAAGCAGGUCAUUUCCGAGCUGGAGCAGAUGGUCGCCUGCUGCCAGGCGCAGUUCCACGAGAUGGCGACGAGGACACGCCAGGCCUCGACCAGGAAGCAGCUGUUCAGCUGCGCCUGUGAUGGUGCACCGAUGAAUGCGAACAUUUUGUGUCUACGCAAACGAUCUGGCGGUGGCGGUGGCGGUGGCGGUGGCGAUGGGGAUGGCGAUGGCUCCUCACAUGUGAGACUGCUACAGGGAGUGAAACCUGUGAUCCCACACUGCAGUCGAGGCUUCAAGUUGGAGCCGAUGGAUUGUGCGAGCUGUGAGAUGUACGACCCGGAGAACGGUCUGCCAGUGCCGUGCACGGGCAAGCGACUUGGACGCCCCAGCAGCUUGAUGCAGUUUCUGAAGCUUGGCGACGAGGAUGAGAAGCUGAGCAAUGAUGGGGACAAGGAGAAUGCUCCUUCUGCUCCUUCUCCUCCUCAGUCGCAAAGCUGCAGCGACAGCAUGAAGGUGUUUGAGGUGGGAACACAAAAAGCUGCGGAAUUCAAGUUCAACUAUCGCCGGCUGUUUGGACCCUCGAAGGCCACUCGUUUGGACGACCAGAACUUGAGGCUGAAAGCGGCUUUUUUGAAGGCCCUGGACGAGGACUGCGAGUUCCUGAACGCCGCCCUUAAUAGAGAGGAAGACGACUCCGUGAGCAAUUUGGUGGACAGAGCAGCCAAGCGCGUGUUCGCCAAGGAUACAGAAAUCUUCAAUGAGGAAUACGAACGAUUGGUGCUCCGCAAAUCAGAGCUCAAGAAGGAAAGCCGCCUGAACUUUGGCCAGCAGUACUACGACCCAGAGGAUAUCCUUCUGAUGAAAAGAAUGCUGAAAAAGGGACUCGACACUGUCGGAAAGGAUCAUCACUAUGUCCUGCCCACUCUGCCCAACGUUCACUCCGUGCCGUACCUCCUCGAGUGGAUCUGCUCGCGCUACGGCAAGCGCUACACCCCGGCCGAGCGGAAGCGCAGCUAUUUACAUAACAAUUUCCACAUGACUCUCCUGUAUGAACUCAUGAAUUACCCGCUGGUAAAGCCGCCCAGCCUGCCAAACGCCCGGCAUCAGCGGCCCUCAAAGAACUUCUCCAAGUACCUCCGAGAACACCAGACGAACCUCUUUGUGGAGGCCCUCAUGUCAGUGGGACGAGUGUUCUUCUCCGCCAUGCGUUCGCCCCUGUGUGACGCGCCGCCAGGCGAGAUCUUCUACGCCUACAUGCCGGCCGCCUACCGCGACACGGGCUUCAGCAUCAACAAGACACUUCGUACUCGGAGAAAAUAGACAUGUUUUUUGGAGCAGAGAACAACUGGUUGAAGAAAACUAAUGUGCAGCUCUGUCUUUUUUUGAAACACAAUAUUAUUGUAGAACCUUGAGGUAAAU